AGCGCGCACUCGCGCGUGCGUGAGUUGGCGCGCGAGAAAGGGCCGGGUCGCGCCGAGGCUCCAGCGGCCUUCGCCAUUUUGUAGCGUUCUCUCUGACGCGGGAGCCGCCGCCACCGCCGCCGCCGCCCGGAGGCUCUUGUCAGGAUGGUGAAGCUGUUCAUCGGAAACCUGCCGCGCGAGGCCACAGAGCAGGAGAUACGCUCACUCUUCGAGCAGUAUGGCAAGGUGCUGGAAUGUGACAUCAUCAAGAACUACGGCUUUGUGCACAUCGAGGACAAGACGGCGGCAGAGGAUGCCAUUCGCAACCUGCACCACUACAAGCUGCACGGGGUGAACAUCAACGUGGAAGCCAGCAAGAAUAAGAGCAAAGCUUCAACCAAGUUGCACGUGGGCAACAUCAGCCCCACCUGUACCAACCAAGAGCUUCGAGCCAAGUUUGAGGAGUACGGUCCGGUCAUCGAAUGUGACAUCGUGAAAGAUUACGCCUUCGUACACAUGGAGCGGGCAGAGGAUGCCGUGGAGGCCAUCAGAGGCCUCGACAACACCGAGUUUCAAGGCAAACGAAUGCACGUGCAAUUGUCCACCAGCCGCCUUCGGACUGCCCCUGGGAUGGGAGACCAGAGCGGCUGCUAUCGGUGCGGGAAAGAGGGGCACUGGUCCAAAGAGUGCCCGGUAGAUCGUACGGGUCGCGUGGCAGACUUUACCGAGCAGUAUAAUGAACAGUACGGAGCAGUGCGCACGCCUUACACCGUGGGCUACGGGGAAUCCGUGUAUUACAACGAUGCAUAUGGAGCACUGGACUACUAUAAGCGUUACCGGGUUCGCUCGUAUGAGGCAGUGGCAGCAGCAGCAGCAGCUUCUGCAUACAACUACGCAGAGCAGAACAUGUCCCAUUUGCCUCAAGUCCAGAAUACAGCUGUUAACAGUCACCUCAACUCCACUUCUGUUGAUCCCUACGACAGACACCUGUUGCCAAACUCAGGUCCUAUGGCUGCUGCCACCACUUCCUCCUAUUAUGGAAGGGACAGGAGCCCCCUUCGACGUGGUGCACCUGUGCUCCCCACAGUUGGAGAGGGCUACGGUUAUGGGCCAGAGAGUGAGCUCUCUCAGGCUUCAGCAGCUGCACGGAAUUCUCUGUAUGACAUGGCCCGGUAUGAGCGGGAGCAGUACGUGGACCGAGCGCGGUACUCAGCCUUUUAAAAACUGGAGGUGUGAACCUCAAACGGACUGAAUAACCCUGAGUUGGUUGCAGUCCCAGGAGCCUGAUGUUAAUGAGGCUGCCAGGAUGAAACACUCCAGAACUGUUGGGGAAUCCAAAUUCGGGUCUCACUCUAGCAGAACUGAUUCAAGAACAUCACAGCUUUUGAAGUCGAUUGGCACAGAUCAAGACCAAGAUUUGGCCCUUUGUCUGUAAUAAGUAGAGGAGCUUGGUGUGAGUUAACUCCCCCCCAGCCAUUGGUGUCUGGAGCUUGCAUCAUCAGUGGAAGAACUAGAGAAUUUUAGGAUUUCUCCUCUUGAUUUGGUAAGGGAGAUGUGGUCAGCUAGGGACUACUAGAAUUAUGGCUCCAAAUCUGACUCUAACUUGUAGGUAUAUUGGAGGGUAAAUGAACAUUCCUUGAUACCCCGUAUGAUUAUUUUUGAAAACUUGUUAACUAUGAAAGAUUAAAAUAAAACAAAUUUAGAAUACAUAGUGUAGUUGCCAUACUUGAGAUCUUGGAAUCUUCUGCUUUUUCUGGCCCCAGAAGUUAAAUUAUGGUUCUUGACAAUAUCUGUAAGCCCUUUGGUAUAGUGACAGUAGCCUUGUAUCACAGAGGUUGUCUUGCUUAAAAGAUGGAUAAGAAAUAAGGAAUGUGUAUUAUCACCAACACAGCAGUCCUCCACAUAGAUUGCUUGUUCUACUAGAGCUACUAGGGAGAGCCCUGCAAGGGUACAGUCAUGUUAGACUCCUGGGUAAUACUACAUGGGGUAUGUUCCAUCCAGUCUGACAUGGCUUUGUUUUGUUCUUUCUUUUCCCUCUGGAAUACAGGACAGGACCAGGGCCCUUGCACUCGGAGCCGAGCUGCUCUCCAGGCAUUGUGUAAGCCUCUUGUGUUGUGCUCUCUUUCAGGUAGGAUAAUUGUGGACUGAACCCUCAGGCUGCGGUCAUAUAUGAGAACUUGCUCCGCGCGGUUCCCUUUGCCGGGAUGUUUCCAUUGCUUCAUGUUUCAGUAAACAAAGGAGUUUGUGACCAACUAUGUUUUCUUUCUUAAUUUAAUGCUUCUAAGUUGACUUUUCUUUCCUCCUGAUAUGAAUCUCUGUAGCCUUUCACUCUCUUCCUUAUAUUCUCAGCCUCUGAGCAGCCCUAGGUAAGGAUUAUGCUGGCAUCCCCUUUUUCCUGUACAGUGGAACCCCCCUCUUAUCUUGCUUUCCUUAGGAGUUGAACCCUUCUCCCUACCUGCAACAUCUCCUUACCCUUUAAAAUGACCAUGUAGUGGCAAGCAACCUUUUACUCUUCUCUGUUAGCUCUGGACUCUAACAUUGAAGCUAAUCCUGUGAAAUUGCUAGGACCACUGGGGUGGGGGGCAGGGUGUUUUAUUUGUUUUGUUUUUUCGUCUGACCUGUGAUCGUGGUACAGCGUUAGCUGAAAUUUAGUCUUGUUUUACUCCACUCCCACUUUUUUUAAAAAACUAUUUUGACAAAUAAACGUUUCUAACAAGUA